GGGGGCGGCGUGUCCGGCCGAGCCCGCAGGCGGCAUGUGGGGGCGGCUCAGGCUGGCGGGUCCCGGCGCCGGGAUCCUGCGUCCCGCGGGGGGGUCGCUGCGGGCGAUGGGCACCGCCGGGGCGAGCCGGGGGCGCCUGGCCGACAAGGUGGCUCUUGUGACGGCUUCUACGGAGGGGAUCGGGUUCGCUGUCGCCCAGCGCCUGGCGCAGGAUGGGGCCCAUGUGGUGCUGAGCAGCAGGAAGCAGAGUAACGUGGAUCGAGCCGUGGCAGAGCUCCGAGCCCAGAACCUCCCCGUGUCCGGGACCGUGUGUCACGUGGGCCGAGCUGAGGAUCGGGAGCGCCUGGUAGCCACGGCCCUAGAGCGUCACGGGGGUAUCGACAUCCUGGUCUCCAAUGCGGCCGUGAACCCGUUCUUCGGCAGCACGCUGGAGGCCAGCGAGGACGUGUGGAACAAGAUCCUGCAGAUCAAUGUGACAGCGACAGCAUUGCUGGUCGGCCUGGUCGUGCCCCACAUGGAGAAACGGGGGGGCGGCUCCAUCGUCCUGGUCUCCUCCAUCGCCGGGUUCUCCCCCUUCCCGGCGCUGGGCCCCUACAGCGUCAGUAAAACGGCUCUUCUGGGGCUCACCAAGGCCCUGGCUCCCGAGCUCGGCGCCCGCAACGUCCGCAUCAACGGCCUGGCCCCGGGGAUCAUCCAGACCCGGUUCAGCUCCGCCCUGUGGAAGGACGAGGCCGUAAAGGAGAAAAUGAUGGAAAACCUGAGAGUGCAAAGGCUGGGGGUCCCGUCUGACUGUGCCGGGAUCGUCUCCUUCCUGUGCUCCCCCGACGCCAGCUACAUCACCGGGGAGACCGUGGUGGUGGGCGGGGGCGCCCCCUCCCGCCUCUGACCCCAGAACACGGAUGGCCUGACGGACGGACGGGCGGGCCCUGAUUGGCCAUUGGGGUGCACUCCUCGAGGGGGGGAGUCUGGGAGAGAAGCAGGUUUGGGUGGCUGGAAUUGUUGGCGGCACUAAAGGGAAGUGGGGGAGCAAGAUUUUGGGGGGCUGAAGAAAGCCAGUGGAUCAGUUUUUGGGGGGCAGGGUGCUGGGGUGACCUGUAUGGGAGGAUUCCUGUGGGAAGAGAGAAGCAGGAGAGUUUGGGGGAUGGGGCAGGAAGGGGGGGGCCAAAGGGUAGAUGGGGGCAGGGAGUGAGCAUGAGGGAAGUUGGGGUACACAUCUGGGAGGAGGCGGGGCAAUUUGGGGGGGCAAUGAUGGGGCAGGGAGGAGAAGGGGAGAUUUAGGCAGGCUGUGGUGGUGGAUUUGGGGGGAUGGCCCCCCAUGUGGGGAGGGGGGCUGAGUAUUGGGGGGCACGGGACCUCCUGCCAUUUCCACCCUUCCCCCAUCUCUCUGUGUUCUAGACUUGAUAAAUUGUUCCUGCAUCCUC